GCACGCUUGACAUAUGUCCGCUCUCGAUGCUUGUCUGUCCGACUGCAGAGUCGGGCACCGAAGCCGUACCGGCGCACGGAUUAGGAAAAUCCCCGGUGCUUGCGCGGUUUCGGCCCCUGAUCUCAUUACUCCCGCAUCGGCCCACGAUGCGGCAUCGCGGAAACGCAUAAAUAGCGCCGGCGCGAGCCGCCGCAGUGCUCGCUUUCCACCGCUCGCGUUCGUCCGCCGUGACGCCCCACCAUGGCGUACCUCGUGCUCCUGUGCCUCAUCGUGGCCGUGAAGGUGUUCAAGAAGACGUCGCCCAACGGAAAGGUGACCGUCUACAUCGGAAAGCGGGACUUCGCUCAACGAGGCGACGUGUGCGACGCGGUCGAAGGUGUCGUGGUGCUCGACCCAGACUACUUGAAGGGCCGUAAGGUAUUCGGCCAAGUGAUCACCACCUUCCGAUACGGCCGAGAAGAGGAUGAAGUCAUGGGCCUGCACUUCUACCGGCAGCUGUUCCUGGCGCACGACCAGAUUGUCCCCGAGCGCAACCAGAUCACCCAGAUCUCGGACCUGCAGCAGCGGCUGCUCCGCAAGCUGGGCAGCGGGGCGUACGCGUUCAGCUUCAACCUUCCCACGAACGCACCCAUGUCGGUGACACUGCAGCCGGGCCCAAACGACCGCGGCAGGCCGCUGGGAGUCGAGUACGAACUCCGCGUGUACGUGGCCGAGGACGAGCAGCAGAAGGCUCACAGGCGCAGCACCGUCAACAUGGCCAUCCGCAAGAUCCAGUACGCGCCGCUCACGCAGCGGGAGCGCCAGCCGACCACCGUCGUCAGCAAGGGGUUCAUGCUGAGCGCGGGCAAGGUAGAGCUCGAGGUGGUGCUCGACAAGGAGGUGUACUUCAACGACGACAAGAUUAACGCCCAAGUGUCGGUGUCCAACUACUCCAAGAAGAGCGUCAAAAACAUCAAGAUUCUCGUCCUGCAGAAUACGGAGGUGACGCUGGUGCACGGCCACUACAGCAAGGUGGUGGCGUCCGUUGAGUGCCGGGAGAACUGCCCUGUGCUGCCGGGGGCCUCCUUCUCCAAGGUCUUCCACCUGCUGCCCCUGGCCGCGGAGAACCGGGACCGGCGCGGCAUCGCGCUCGACGGCCUGCUCAAGGAGACGGAUGCGUGCCUGGCGUCGUCGACGCUGAACCACGAGGACGCCAUCGGCAUCAUUAUCUCGUACGUCCUGCGCGUCCAGCUCUACCUGGGGCCCAUGUCCGGCGACCUGAUCGCCGACGUGCCAUUCAAGCUGGCCAAGCCCGAGCCCGAGGACGUGUACCCCAAGUUGCAGGAGAAGAGGAUCCUGGACAGGUCCAAGCUGAAGAAGCAGCUCAGCAGAGAGAUGAGCACCAAUCUGGUAUUCGAGGACUUCCAGUGGCACAGGCAGAUCAGUGAGGAUGGAGGAGGGGACUGACAGGUUCUUCUGGGGUGUGUGUCUGUGGUUCCACACGCUUUUCUUUUGGGGCCUGCCAAUGAGCCGUAUAGUUGGUCGGGCCAAAAGCAUCCUUCUGCAGCAUUACCGAAUUGUCGGGUUUUGUUCUGUCUAUUUCUUUUGAAGUGUGAAUAAAAGAUAGAAGGUGUCUCAUUGUCA